UCCUGGACCACAUUCUACACUGCUAUCCUUGGAAACACUGCUAUCCUGACACCUAGUGACUAUAGCUAUUUCUGACUACUGCUUCCAAUAAUAACUUUUGACUGGCAUUAUCAAAUCACUGACUACUAACUUCAAAUGAACUUUGUUGAUAUUUGAACUUUUCAGUGUGAGAAAAGUAUGGGGAAAAUGGUUAUGGAGAUCGUUGCUUUGCUGCUUAGCAUUUCAGGAUGGGUUCUUAUCUCCUCCACGCUGCCCACUGACUAUUGGAAAGUGUCCUCCAUAGAUGGAACUGUCAUCACUACAGCAACCUUUUGGUCCAAUCUUUGGAAGACAUGUGUGACAGAUUCUACUGGAAUAUCUAACUGCAAGGACUUCCCUUCUAUGCUGGCUUUAGAUGCUUAUAUCCAGGUGUGUCGUGGUCUGAUGAUCUCUGCAGUGUGCCUGGGUUUCUUUGGGGCCAGUCUGGCCCUGGUUGGAAUGAAAUGCACAAAGAUAGGGGGCUCCGAGUCUACCAAGGCCAGGAUUACCUGCCUCUCUGGACUACAUUUUAUCCUCAGUGGUGUCUGUUCAUUGGCCACAUGUUCGCUGUAUGCUCACAGAAUAACCUCAGAGUUUUUUGACCCUUUAUUUGUGGCACAAAAGUUUGAGCUGGGAGCUGCACUGUUUAUUGGAUGGGCAGGUUCUGUCCUUUGCUUUCUGGGGGGCAGUAUCCUCUGCUUCUCAAUAACAGAGGGCUUCAGCAUGAGAGAAUACACCUACAGCGGUGUCACCACUUUCAUGACAACCCAAAACAAAAACACCAGCAGUCCUGUAAGUUCUGAAAAAGAUGCAGCAGAUCGAGGCUACUCUGUGAGGAAGUUUGGGAGAAAUGCCUAUGUCUAAUGUAUGUCCACAGGAAAGUUAUGUACAUAACUGACAGAGAUAAGAGCAAAUGUCUAUAUUAUAAAUUGUAAGAUGGACAAGCUUUAUGCACAACCAUAAAGGAAAUUACCCAAGAUAGAACCUAGUCCAUCACUAAAGCAAGUAGAGGGUAAAGUUUAAAUGCUAUAUUUUAGCACUAGUCUUUCUGUGAGAUUACUAAAUACUAUUUAACCAUUUAUCUUUUCAUAAUGCUGUAUUUUUAUAUGUUUUCAAAUAUCAAACGUUUGUUUCAUUUGCCAGGUUUGGAGUUUCUGAAGUUUUUUUGUCAUUUAUGGGUGCGGUUGGAUAAAAAAGUGAUGAUAAAAAGCAACAUAUAGUGAAGACAGAAUUAAUCUUCUAUCUUUAAUGGUUGUGGCCUUUGCUAAAUUGAUACCUGAUAACCAAGUGAACUGAUGACAGACAUUUAUGAUGUUGAUUCCUGUUGCAUACUUCUGGCUCUGGAACAUGCUGUCUAGAUGCAGAAAUUAGAUCAGCCUAGCCACCUAUUCUUUAGGACCUAGCAUCUGUCUCCACCUAAUGAUCAAUGGAAACCCUAGACUUUGACCUCUGUUACUCAAAGAUUUCUGGUGCGUUCCAGUGCUUUGCUGGGCUGUUAGCGUAGGCCUAUGUUUUCCAAUCUUGUUUCUGUGCUGGGUA